AUGAGCACUGACAUUGAUUCUAUUUUCAGGUCUACUUGUGAACCCCAUGCCACUGAUGCUCAGCGUGCUAUUGAUAAAGAGAUUGCUGGAUACGAUGCAGCUAUCCGUGUUCUGAAGACACAGCGUAAUACGCACAGCAGCAUCUCGAGGCUCCCUCCAGAAAUAUUUGCAGCAAUAUUUCAGUUGGUGAGAUCCGGACAGGCUCAGACAGCUCCGGUACCAAGCUGGAUAAAUGUUACCAGCGUAUGUCGUCAAUGGCGCGCCAUCGCACUCGCCUCACCUCAGAUGUGGACCACCAUCGAUAUUUCUCACCCAGGUAGCGCCUUGGAGUUGCUCAAACGAUCCAAGUCUGCACCUCUUCAAAUCAGUUGCGGGACACAUCCAUACGACGUGGGGCUCCAUACACUAGUAGCCGGAGCGGUUAUGGCAGAAAUAGGUCGCAUGCAAACUCUUCAGAUCUGGUCGAUGGUGGACACCGACGUGCUGCAGUUCUUACCCUUGCCUGGGGUUCCAGGCGCUACCAUAUUGGAGGACCUCCAGCUGUCUGCAAAUACGACCGUCUCACAGCCACCGCCUAAUGUCUUGCUCAGCGGCAUGCCCUCCAUCAGCCGCCUAUCCCUCGUGAAUAUUCCCAUUUCUCUAGAGAUUUCUCCGCUCCCCCAUUUAACAUAUUUACGACUCUCUUUCACUACUGGGGGGAUACAAACUUCACUUCUGCUUUCUUACUUGCAGCAUUCACCCAACUUGAAGGAGAUUGACAUUUCUGGUGUUGUCAAGGACACCUUCCUUCCGUCACGCGUUCAGCUGCCCAACCUUCUGCACAUAUCCAUUUCCUCCGACAUCCUUGACGUAUCUGCCAUCUUUGCAAACCUCGACUAUCCAUCCAGUGUAAGCGUCAAGUUCGCCCUCACGGAGGAACCUGCAGGGGAACCAGACUGGUCGCAUCUUGCCACACUGUGCGCGCGAUUCGCCGAACCGGACGCUCCUACGAUCAGUAAAGUUCUUGCACAUGGCUGGCGGUUUAGCGAUGCCUUUGAAUUCACCGUAGAAAGCGUGGGUUCCGAGAAGCUUUCCUUGGUGGUAGCCUUAGAAAGUGGUCGCUACCCCGAAGCCUGCUUAGCAUUAUGCUCCGGCCUACCCCUUGAGAUUGUCCCCGUAUUGGAAGUUGGAUGUUUGCAAGACAUGCGAGCGCCGCAGUGGGCGGAUUUAUUCCGUCGCUUCGAGCGAAUACGGUGCCUCCACUUGAGUGAUGUCUCCACACUACCUUUCAGUGUCCUGACAGAGCUCUCUUUGGAGAAGCCUCACUUUUCUGCCCUGCAAACCCUCCAGCUAUCUGCGUGCGACUUGGAUAGGGAGGGCUCCAGCGCUAUUUUAGGUGUCUUAAAGGAUCUCCUCGAGCAACGCAAACGCCACGAGUUACCGAUUAAGGACGUAGCACUACAGAGGUGCUUCAUCACUAAGGGAGAGCUCGAGGAACUCAAAGCAAUUACCCAAGUUGAUUGGGAUGGCAGGGCUAGAAGAGAGCGAAGACGAAGAAGUAAACUACAUUUGUACCGACAUGCUUUUUUGAAACCUAUUGACCAACUUCGUACCUUUAUGUUAGUCGCCCGUCGGUGA